AUGAGGGCCCCAUCUGCAUACAGCUGUGGUAGAGGUCUGCUUAGUCAGGUGUUCUCUUCUCCACAUGUGGGGUAUGUGCCAAAGCGGUACAUUGUAGCGAUAAUGGCAUUCUUGGGCAUGGUGUUCAACUACAUGCUGAGAGUGAACAUGAACCUGACCAUCGUGGCCAUGGUAAGCAGUCACACCAACAACACUACCAGUCCGGCACAGAGCCAGUGCAACUAUGAGGAUAACUACGACAACAGCAGCGACACCGACGGGGAGUUUGAGUGGGACGAGUGGACACAAAGCCUCAUCACCAGCUCCUUCUUUGUUGGUUAUCUGUGGACCCAGAUACCAGGUGGACGUCUGGCCGAGCUUGUGGGUGCCCGACUUGUGUUUGGUGGAGCACUGGUCACAGCCUCCUGCAUUACUUUCUUCAUACCCUUGGCAGCCAGGUCCAGCAGCGGCGCCCUCAUUGCUGUCAGGGUCCUCCUGGGCCUCUCUGAGGGGGCAACAUUCCCGUCAACACACGCCCUCCUGGCCACCUGGGCUCCACCCUUGGAGCGCUCUGUUCUCUCUACCAUCAUCUACGCUGGGUCCCAGGCGGGUACCAUCGUGGCCUUCCCUCUGUCUGCGGCCAUAAUUGACGGGUUGGGAUGGGAAGCAGUGUUCUACAUCGAGGCGUGCAUGACAUUGGUAUGGUGUCUUGCCUGGUUCCUUGUUGUUGCUGAUACACCGGACAAGGACACUCACAUGACUCAGGUCGAGAAGGACUACAUUACUGCCUCUCUAGCAGAUUCAAAGGAUAAGAAGACUUCACCAGUGCCGUGGAGGUCAGCCCUGACGUCACUACCGUUCUGGGCGAUCCUUGUGGCUGGUCUUGGUAACAACUGGGGUUUCUACACUCUACUCACUGACCUGCCGCUCUACACCAAGAACAUGCUACACCAGGACAUUAAGUCUAACGCUGUAUUGAGCGGUCUGCCAUACCUGGGUAUGUGGAUCUUCAGCUUAGUGGUGAGCCUGACGGGGGACACACUACGUAAGAAGGCCAUCCUCUCCACCCAGACUGUCAGGAAGGUCGCCAACACCAUCGCACAUGCAGGACCUACGUUGUGUUUGCUGUGCCUCAGUUUAGUGGAGUGUGACCGAGGUGCAACCAUUGCUCUAUUCUUUAUAGCGAUCAUCGUACAAGGUGGAAUAUACAGGUUUAUGGUCAACCAUGUGGACAUCGCGCCCAACAUUGCUGGCACACUCUUCGGUAUCACAAAUGGUGCUGCCACAAUACCGAGCUUCAUCGCUCCCGUGACUGUGGAGCCCUCACAAAUAAAAAGGGUUUGUGAGACGAGAUUGUGCCAUAAAUACUCCACUGAAUGA